UACGUUCUGUAUAGUGUGGUUCGAUGUAACUUCCAUAUGAUUUCAUUUGCAUGACACUACUCCAUGGUUGGUUCUUCUGGUUCUCCUGGUACGGCGCGGUUCACCUGUGCGCCUUACUACCGGCUAUACCCCGAUACCGAGGUAAAACCAACCGCACCCAGGUUGUAGAUCCAAUAUCCCGGGGCAGGACGGAGAUACCUUUCCUACCUGCCUUGCUGCCUUCAUACCUCUAUACCUGUUCAAGCAAGUUACACUUUACUAACCGCCCAUAAUACAUACAGGCACUCACAGUAUGGUUUAGUGUAAAGUUACUCCGUGAAAUGAAUUCAUAAAUACAAAUCCUCUAAUAUUUGUUAACAACACGGAGCCGAGGUUCAGAGGAUUGAAAGGUUUGACUGAGUAGGAGAUGAACUGGUUUAUCUUCUAACCUCAAAACUGUAAAAUAUGGGGAAAAGGGAGCUGCUGGUCCUGAUACUGGUCUGUAUCCUGGACUUUGUUAUACCACAGAGACGGGUUAUAGGAGAUAUCAGGGAGCAGAAGAUCAGUCAGGUUGCAGGGAUAGAUGAGAGAGAAGAGAGGGUUUACAGACGACCUCCAACCUAUCUAAUCCUAGCUAGUAAAAUCGUUCGACCGAGUACUAUUUAUCAGGUUAUCGUAAGUCUUCUAGAGGAAUCCCCUCCAUCAAGAGUUCGAGCUGCGCUAUCCAGGGACGGAGUAGAGGUUUACGGAGACUAUGUUAACAUGCAACCUUUAGAGACAAGAUCUAUUUUACUCCAGGUUCCUCCUGGUAACAAUGUUGACAGUGAGUACAGGCUCCGACUAGAGGGAUCAGGUAUCGGGGGAGGAGCAAUUAUAUUUGAAAACGAGACUAAACUGGAGUUCUCCAGACAAUUCCUCUCCAUAUCUAUCUCCACUAACAAGGCUGUUUAUGACGGGUUCCAAGAUAUCAGAGUUCGCGCAGUAAUGUUGGACACCUCUUUGCAGCCCUAUACUGAGAUUGCAGAUUUAUUCAUCAUAGAUCCGGAUGGAUUUGUAAUCAGGAAAUGGAAUUCUAAACAAAUCAAUAAUGGAGUUUUAACAGGAGUAUUCUAUUUACCAGAGUUUCCUAAGGUUGGGUUCUGGACUAUACGUGUUGCAACUCAAGGACAAAUUGAGGAGAAGAAGAUCAAGGUUGAGAAGUACUAUAUGCCGAUGUUUGAGGUGUUUGUCCGUAUGCCAACCUUUGUGUUUGAUACUGAGAAUGUGAUAUCAGCUCAAGUAUCGGCAGCGUACCUUUUCGAGAAAACUGCCAAGGGAACUGUUCAUCUUCGAUGGUACGCGAAGAAAAUAGACGGUACAACACCGUUGUACAAUGAUACAGUACUGUACAGGAAAGAGUACACAUACUACCAUAACAUUUCAAAUACCUAUAGGAAUCAGUUGUUUAACAACCAGGACGGAAUCCCAAUAAAAAAUUUGUCAUUAUUAUCCAACCCUGAGAGAUACGGAUACCUGGACCCUUAUGUUAACACAACUACUCAACCCAUCCGUCCUCUCUUCCAGAACUGGACGUAUAUCUCCUCGGAGAGAAGGUCUUUCCAUCAAAAUUAUGAUUUGACAAGUGAUCCCUUCUACCUACAGAUGGCAGACAUUGAACGGUUUAUGGGAACCGUUCAGGGGAUACAGAUCCGGGCAGAAGCUUUUGUAACAGAAUACUUUUAUAAUAAUACUCAACGUGGGUUCUGUGAGAGCCGGAUAAUCAAUCAGACCUUGAGCCUGCGGUUUGUUGGAAGCAGUCCUAUGGUGUUUAAACCUGGAAUGAUGUUUCAAGGAACUGUUGCAGUGAGAUAUCACGACCAAGUUGCGCUCCCAGAGGAGGUUCUCAAGGAUUCCGAGCUGGAGAUCAGAAUCCGAGCAAAGAAGAAGGAUGGAAGUGUAGAGAAUCUACCUGCUAUCAAGGUACCGAGACAACUGACGGACGAAUUCAAUUCAUUUGCUGAUAUUGAUCGUCUCCAGCAUUAUGGACAGCUCUUUGGUUCCAGAGCUGCUCAAGACGUUGGUUCCAGCAAUGGUAUCAACCCAGCAGCAUUUUUUACAGAUGAUGCUGAGAAAAAUACAGAAUUUCUCUUCCAUGAACUCUAUGCGAAGGAGAAGACCUAUGAAGAAUACCGAAAAACCGGAGUUCAUAGAUUCCAUUUUGAUGUUCCAGAACUGACUGAAGAAUUGUACCUGAGUGCAUAUUACAGUGAUUCCAAGAACUCUCGAGAUACUUACACGGAGACUACAGCAUACGGAGCAUAUGGUCCUAAGGACCGCCAUAUCCAUGUCCGAUCAAGCACCAGGAACAUUGGCGUCGGACAAUAUAUUGUCUUCCACGUAAAAAGUAACUUUCCUCUUCCAUAUUUUGACUGGAUAAUUGUGUCAAAGAACCUGAUUAUAAACUCUGGCCGAGAGUAUGGUUCAGAUAUUCAUCCAAUAGUGAACACAUUCAGCAUUGUUGUUUCCUCGGAGAUGGCUCCAGGUUUCCAUAUCAUGGUCUACACUGUCACUAAACCGGACGAUUAUCUUCUCUCUGACUCCGCAUACUUCCCAGUUCAGGCAAUAAACCGUCACAAGAUAGAGUUUAAGCUUACUCAGAUAAAGGACCACUUGAAGGAUACUGUAGAAGCAACCUGCAGGGGAGAUCCUGGAGCAGUUUUUCUAUCCUCCACGGUUCGAUCAGCUGUAUUUGCUACCCAGGGUAUAAAUACGAUCACUAAAGCCUCUAUUCUGGAGAGCUUACACUCCUUUGAGAAUGUAAAGAAACAUAUUCAUCGUGUUUUCUUCACAGACCGAGAAGGAAGCAACCCUGAUCAAGUAACCUACUAUCCUGCCAUGGACUACGGAGUCGAUACAAACAGAACUUUUGAACUCAAUGAGAUUUUGAUUUUCACAGAUUUUGUUUUCAUUCCACAGCAACCUCUGACCAGACAGUGUAAUAAAACCGCAGGAUUUUUUCCCUGUCUCCAUAAGGGUUGCUAUACUGCGGAUCAGAUCUGUAAUGGACAGAAAGAUUGUGAGGACGGUUUGGACGAGAGUGACUGCGGAGAUGCGUUUGAAGAGCAGAAGGAAGCAACAUUAAGGUUCCGACUCUCCAGGGUUAAUAGAUACACUGACUUCUAUGAUGUUGGCACCGGAGAAUGGGGUUGGUUUGAUGUUAAUAUUGAUGAGGAUAGAGAACAGUUCUAUACUCUAAAUGUACCUCUAACAACAGACAGUUGGUACUUUAAUGCGGUUAGUAUCAGCAAACAGCACGGUAUAGGUAUCCUGGAUGAGCCGAUAGCAUAUGAUUCCAUCCGUCCAAUUCAUUUCUACUGUGAAGGUCCAAAAGAGGUACACAGAGGAGAAUCUGUAGGACUUAGAUGUAUGAUCAUGAAUAGAUCUCCGUAUGAUCUGGAGUGUAUUAUUACCCUAUUGGGUUCGGAUGAAUACGAGUUUAUCCAUGUUGAAAACUAUGGUUACGUUGUGAGUUUUAACCCUCGGACAAGUAGAGGAGAUCACCAGCAUCUUGUGUUUGUGCGAGGACAGGAUGAAUUGGAAGUCCAUCUCCCGAUCAAACCUACUCCUGCGGGUGAACAAGGAGCUAUCACUGCAAAUAUAAACCUUUCAACUCAGAUCAUGUCAAACACACAGAGUGUAACUAUUGAGAUUCUACCGGAGGGAAGUAUAGUUCACAGGCAUACAUCUGUCCUGCUUGAUCUCAAGAGCAGAGCUUUUGAACUUGAAUACAUGGAUAUUGUUGUUGACGAAACCCCGAUUAUUCCGUACGAGGUUUACCGAAGAUAUAUUUUCGGAAGCGCUUUUGGAAAGAUCUCUGUGAGUGGAGAUGUUAUCGGUCCAACCUUCAUGAAUGGAGAACCAGUUCACCUUGGAGUGAUUUUCCCAGACGGGAACGGUAGACAUGGAAAAGGAACUGAAUAUCAUGCUUUCAAUCUUGCCGCCAACACCUGGCAGCUUCACUACUAUAGAUUAACUAAUCAGCUCCAACCAAACUGGGAGCUGGCCAAGAAGGUGUUUGAGCAGAUGAAUGUUGAGUACACAGCAGUAAUGAGAAGAUUCAGUUCCCAGGGUUGGGUCUCCAUCUGGGAUACAUCCAAACCUUCAGUUUGGUUGACAGCCUGGUGUAUCAGGAUAUUUCAAGCAGUUUCAUUCCAAGAUUGGGAGGAUUAUAUUUACAUUGAUCCGGAAAUAUUUGGUUCCUCCGUCAUGUGGCUGAUCAACUAUCAAAACAUUGAAGGAGCGUUCUCUGAGACUGAAUUCUAUCCGAACCCUCUGCAUAGAGCUAUGGAUGGGGAAAGUGAAGAAGGAAACCGAAAUAUCUCUCUCACGGCUCAUGUUCUAAUUGCUCUGCAAGAGACAGCAGGAAAACUUCAAGGGGAAACUAAAAAAUACUCUGCAACCUCAAGACAGAGAGCAGUAAAGUACCUGGAGAGAAAUCUACCCAAGAUCACGGAUCCGUAUGAUAUGGCGAUUACAGCUUACGCUCUAGCACUCUCCCGCAGUGCAGAAGCCGAUGCUGCCUACGGUAAACUACUUCAAAUGAAGAGGGAGGAAGGUGGGAUGGUUUACUGGAGCCCAUCAAGGAUUGUUACAAACACAGUGAGAUAUCAGUUCAACAGACCUUUCCUAGAGCCUAAAGAGAAACAAACUAAUGAUGCCCUGGCUGUUGAAGCUACUGGAUAUGCUCUUCUUACUCUCUUCUUGGUACAAGGUGGAGGAGUAACAAUUCUCCAGGAUCAGAUAGUAGAGUGGUUAAACACGAUGAGGUUGGGUAACGGAGGAUUUAUUGCAACUGUUGAUACUAUCAUAACCCUGGAGGCAUUGGUAAUCUACAGUUACAACUCAAGGAUCAAAGAUUUAACAAACUUAAACAUUGAAAUCGAUAUUCCAGAUUCAAAUAUAACCAAACAUCUCAAGAUUAACGGAAAUACUGUAUCCAACCUUCAGAAAAUAGAUAUUCCUAAUGUAUGGGGACACAUCAAUUUCCACGCAACAGGAGCGGGUCAGGCAGUCGCUCAGAUGGACAUAAACUGGGGAAUAGACUACGAACCCUUCAAGGACAAUCCUCCGGUUAAAUGCUUUAAUCUCACAAUCUACGAGUCCUUCAGAGGAAGAAACAAGUCCGAGAUUGAUGUUAGGAGUUGCUUUAGCUGGACUUGUACAGAUGAGAGUUCAACCUCGGGGAUGACGAUGUUAGUCUUGGAUAUUCCAUCCGGUUAUAUCAUGCUACAGCCUGAUGCGAACAAGAUUGUAAGAUCAGGAGUAGUUCCAACUCUGAAGGAUGCGGAUGUAAAUAAACCUGGGAAAACUAUCUGGUAUUUCGAGCACAUCAUUGCACAAAUGCAAUGCUUUACUCAUACUGUUAGAAGAUACUUUCCUGUUGCAAACCUGACAAGGACGAGACAAGCUGUAAUCAUAGAACCCUUGAGACCUGAGAAAUUCUUCGUUAGAACCUUCAAUGCUACUUCAUUAUAUAUAUUGAGUAUCUGUGAAGUUUGUGGUUCCUAUCAGUGUCCAUACUGUCCGUUCUACUCUUCAGCUCCAUCCCUCAUCUCUCCCUCAUUCAUGUUUCUACUCAUCAUAUCCUUGUACCUGACUCUUUCCAACAGAAAUAAUCUUAGAUAUUCAAACUAGUUCUUGAUCUCCUAUUCCUACUCAGCUCAGGAGAUGUGAGGAUAUAUUCAAACCAGUUAUAGAUCUCCUUAUUCCACUUAGCUCAGAGGAUAUAAGGAGAUUUCCGCCCAGUUCUAGAUCUCCAAGUCCUACUCAAGCUCAGGAGAUGUGAGGAGAUAUUCAAACCAGUUAUAGAUCUCCUUAUUACACUUAGCUCAGAGGAUAUAAGGAGAUAUUCCGUCCAGUUCUAGAUCUCCAAGUCCCACUAAGAUCAGAGGAUAAAAGGUAAUAUUCCAUCCAGUUCUAGAUCUCCUAAUCCUACUCAGCUCAGGAGAUAUGAGGAUAUAUUCAACCCAGCUAUAGAUCUCCUUAUUCCACUUAGCUCAGAGGAUAUAAGGAGAUAUUCCGUCCAGUUCUAUAUCUCCAAGUCCCACAAAGCUCAGGGGACACCAGGAGACUCUUAUCCAGUGAUAAUUCUUGGCAUUUGGUUCGAACCAAUUCAAUAAUUAAAAACAAUAAAGAUUGACUGAAGUCCAAAGUGUCUGUCUGCCAAAUCUAAAUGAAAGCUGAUUUAAAUAAUGAUGUUGAGAAUCAGAUUUCAGAAAAAUAUUUUCAAGAAUCUGUUCAAAAUUCAAAAUAUAUAUUAAAAAUUUGGGUUUUCUCUUUCCCUCUUAACUUUGCAACUGUAGACUAUAGAUCUCAAGCCUGCUUUCUUGUCUCACUCUGGACUUUGGUCACAAUCUUUACAUUCGUGAAAUCCUUCCCUUAAAAACCAAAUUAUUCGACACUGUAAAAUAUGAUUAUGUACUGCACUAUGUACGCUAAAGUAUUUAAAAGUGUACAUAGUAAAAUGAAACUGUACCAUUGAAUGAUAUGUACAAUUAUGUAAGUAAUGUAAAGAAUAUUGUAUUUGUUGAAAUCAACAUCAAAGAAAUUGAUGAGUUUGGAAGAAAAAACUCCACUUUUUUAUAUUUGUUAAAAUUAUCUUAACCUAAAUAUAUUUUUGUAUUCUCGUAAA